AUGAUUUCCAAGAUUGUCAUAGCCCUACAUGUCGUCUUGACACUAGUCAUACUUGCAGUAACCAUCAGGGCUCUGCAGGAUGAAUCGAAUGAGAAGAAGGGAAUAGUGCAGAUUCUGGUUCCUGACUUGGUCGGAUCCAUCGCCACAGCGGUGCAAAGUGCCGCAGCCGGCGUGGUCACUGCCGCGGUCGCAUCAGGCAAAUCCUUGGUCGCCGCCAGUCUACCGUCUAGCAUAUCAGUGGGCACCAAAUACGCGUGCGUGGCUUCAGAAUGCGCAGCGAUUCCAGGCCACGCCUUUCGCCUGAUACAUGACCUGGCCGCGUUUGUCCCUUCGUCCGAGGAGAUCGAACAGCUGCAGAAGCUGGUAGAGAAAUGCCCCAACCUGGAGACCGUUUUGUUCGCCGGGCUCGGCUUAGUUUUGGUGUCGACUACACUGC